AUGACUUCCGUGAGGGGCAGCCGUACUGUCUAUCGCGAGCGAAGUGAAGAGCGCGACUACGAAGAGGCUCCCCGCCGCUCCUACACCACUGUCAAGCGAUACCAAGUCCCGGAGUCCAUCACCCGCUCAGUCUACAAGGACGACGAGGAGGAGGUCAAGGACAAGAUUGUUAUCAAGCACAAACACCGUGAGGACCCUCCCGCUCCGUCCAGACACUCCGACGACGUCGAAUAUCGAGUCACUGAGCGCCGCUGGGAACGCGAGCCACCGCCGCCCUCGCGCGUGGAUCGAGAUGAAGUAGACUACCGUUUCAUUCGGACCGAGCGCUCCGCCGACCCACCACGACGAGACAUCAGCUACCGCGUGGUCGAGCGGGACAGCGAUUACGAGAGACCUAGGAGCUCCCAUCGUAGCGAGUACAAAUUUGUCGAGAAGGAUACCGAAGUCAUUCGUGCGCCAUCCCCGCCCUCGCCUGAGCGCGUGCGUGAAUUCCGUUUUGAGCGUGACCGAGAUUACUCCCCAGCACGAGAACGUCCAUACGAUCUGGAGAAGUACAGCAAGAGCACCGAAUAUUUUGCACAGCCGGCACCGCAACCAAUCAUCAUUCGAGAGCCAGCACAGCAAGCACCGAUUAUUAUCCGCGAAGAACGCCGUGAGCCGCAAAAGAUCAUCAUUCGCCGAGAAGAGCCUCAAUACGAGUUUGUCGAACGAAAAGAGGUGAUCAAGGAAGAGAGAGACGAGAGCCGCUCGCUGGUCAAGAAGGAAGAGCCACCGGCACCAGUUCCUGUACCAGUCCCAGAGCCCGAGGCAGCCAAAGAACCGGAAGAAGACUACUUUUACGAACGCCGCGUGGUUGAGCGAAGACGACGAAGCGACAGCUACGACCGCAAGACGGAAAUACGACCUCGCGAUAGCGCUUCCAACUACAGCAGCGACGAUAGCUACGUGUACGAGCGACGUGAGCGUGUUGUGGAAGACGACAAAGAUUCACACCACAAGCGCCACCUGGCAGAAGGUGCUAUCGCCGGUAUUGGUGCUGCUGAGAUUCUCAGACAUCACCGGAAGAGAAAGGGCGAGGAAGUUGGAGGCAGAGCCAAGAGUGCCAUUGGCGGUGCUGCCCUUGGCGCCGUUGGAGCUGAAGCAUUGAGCAGAGCGAGAAGCAUGCGCAGUAUGCGCCGUUCGCGGAGUCGCUCUCGCAGCGAUGACAGACACGGCCGGCGUAGACCUCGCUCCCGCUCGAAAGAUCGUGGACACUCACUGUCACGCGGACAACAACUUGGUGGCCUGGCAGCUGUCGCUGCUGUCGGUGCUCUAGCAGGGUAUGCGUUGAAGAAUCGUGGCAACAAGAAUGAGACUGUGGUGGUCAAGGAUGGCCACCACCGUCGUAGUCGAUCGAGAAGACGACGUGGUAGCGUUGACAGCUACUACACGGACGAUACACGACGUGGGAUGUCCGAGCAUCGUGACCCUGAACACCGCAACCGCCGCAUCGCACAAGCAGGUCUGGCUUCUGCCGCCGCCGCUGGUAUCUGGGAAAAGGUUCGGUCUCGCAGCAGAGGUGGCAGAGAACGCAGCAAGUCUCGCAUCAGGCAAGGAGUUCCAAUCGCAGCUGCAGGCUUGGGAGGUGCUGCUCUUGCUGGUUUGUAUGAAAAGAACAAGGCGAACAAGGAAGCGAAAAAGGACGCCAUCAUCGAGGAUGAGAUGAACAGAGGAAGGCGGAGGCACAGCCGAAGCCGGUCAAGGAGUAGGUCGGUCCCUGCUCCAUACCCUGCAGAUGACAGGAGGAGUGUUGACGGUCGUCCUGGGUUGAUAGCAUACGGUCAAGAACCUAUCUAUCCUGAUGAUCGCCGCGGCUACUACAGCGACGAGGAGCCUGGUCUCUAUCGCCGUCGUGGUGGCAGCGCCGACAGCAGUCCCGACACAAGACGCCGCCGUAGCCGUUCUCGUGGACGGCGUGCCGCUGAGAUGGGUGCUGCUGCUGGUGUUGGCGGCCUUGCUGCUCACGAAUUCGGCAAACACCGCGAACGUGAACGGAGCAAGGUGGAGGCAGAGAGGAGGAGACCUGAUCACGAUGAAUACUACAACCGCCCUUAUGCACAGGAUCCUUACAGCCCACCUCCGAUGGUCGACAAUGGGUACCCACCAUAUCAGCCAAACCAAGCGUAUGGACAACAGCAGUACCCAUCAAGCAACUACUUCCCUCCACCACCGACUGGUGACAACGCUCAGUAUCCCGAGCAGCAGUCUUAUCCUACCUACAAUCCAGCAGACUACGCCAACCAGCCACCCACUCAACAACCCUAUGACGCUUCACAUGGCGCAUAUGGCCAUAGCGAUGCCAACCUAGGACAGCCUUACCCUGGCGACACAUUUGCGGGCGAUACUCGCUAUGGAGCGCAGGAUCAUGGUAGAGGGCGAGGCAGACCAGAUCCUGAGAAUGUGAGUCCGCCCAACAACGACACUGAAAAAGAGCGCGAGUCUCAGGAAGCGGAUGGUUUAAGCACACCACGCCAACGCUCUACCAGCCGUGUCAGAUUCGAUCUGGACUCCAACGUCGCGCAUUCGCCAGAAGCAAGCCGACGAAAGGACGACGCUAAGCGUGGCGAUCCUUCAGAGCCACGGCAAAGUGAUACCGAGACAAGCGACGACCGCAAGCAUCGUCGAAGAAGCAAACGUAAAGGGAAGGAGCGGGAGCGAGACUCACAUCACUCCCAUCGUGAUGAGGGUGAUGACCAUGAGCGCAGGUCGCAUGAUCGGGAACGGAACAGAGAGAGGGAUCGCGGCGACAAGGACGAUGAUUCUGACGAUACCGUGGAUCUGCCGGACCGGUUCGAUGAGAACGGCAACCGCAAGGCCGAGGACCCUCUGGCGCAGAAGAUUAAUGAAUUGCUUGGUGGGCAGGGAGGCGCGGGUAAUCUUUUCAAGGGGCUGGUGGGCGGACUUUUGGGCGGACAGGGUGGUGGUGGUGGUGGUGAAGAUGACGACGAAGGCCGGUCUAGCAGACGCAGGCAUCGAGAUCGACGUUGA